AUGUCUGGGGUCCGGGGGCAGCUGGUGGUGUGGGACCCGGCGGACAGAGAGGCUUCUCCGGCUGCAGUGGAGGGCAGCUACCGAGAUUUUUCGUGGGAGGAGGUGUCCGUCCACUCUCGGGGAGUCGGCGGCUUCAGGCUGCUGGCUGUGGGAUCUCAGGGUGACCUGAAGCUGCUGGAGGUCAGGGCUGAGCGGUCGGCCUUCACCUCCGUUCUCUGUGUGUGUGAGUAUCCUGCAGACCGCCUGCUGCAGACCAUCAGAGACCAGGAUCCCAGUGUGAGCGAGCUGCAGGCGGUGCAGGUGUUGUCCUUUGUGACUGCCCGCUGCUGCGCUCUGCUGAACUCUGAUUGGCUGCUGCAGCUACAGUGGCAGCAGGAGGAGGAGGAGCCUCAGACGUUAUCCUGCUGCAGAGUCGAGCUGGCCGACAGCGUCUCGUGCUCUGCUGUCCAUCACUGCGUCUCCAUGGAAACCCUGUUUGCCCUCAGCUCCACUGGACUCAUAUCUGUGUGCAGCGUCUCUGAUGGCACUCUGCUGGCCAGCGUUAGCCUGGCCGCCUACCUGAGCUCCAGCCCGGCAGAGGACGAGCUCACCUCUUUCCCCUUCUCCUCCUCUGCCUCCUUCUGCCUCCUCCAGGUGUCGGCUGAUCUGAGCACAGCCGUGGCCGUCACUCUCCACGCCGCCAUCGCCGUCGACCUCAACCACUACUUCAGGAUGUUUCCGGACCACCUGCUGUGCGCCGCCCCUCGGUCACGCCCCCCUCUUCAGCCGCAGCACCCCAGAGACCAGGACAGCCUGUCGAGCUCCAGCUUCAGCGUCUCAGCCCUGGGAGCGACCUUCAGCACCGACCGCUCCUGGGAGGCUCGUCUCAACUCCAUGUACAGCAGAGCAAAACAGGCCACUGCUCCUUCCUCCUCCUCCUGCUUCUCUUCAUCUCAGCCUCCCAGGACCUCCUCUUGGUUCUCCUCCCUCCCCCACCUGGACUCCCACCUGGCUCCAUCCUCGUCCCACAGCAGAGUGCCUCCGGGGGGGAUGACCGUCACUUUCGCCAUCCCCGAAUCGUCCGCUUCAUCUCAGCUCACCGUCUCUGAGUUCUCCGCUCUGCUGACCUUCGUCCGCCCGGGAAACCAACAGACCACAGUUGCAUUGUGGGAUAUGAAGUACGGGAACGUGAGAUACCACCAGGCGGCGGGCGAGGCAGCGCCGGUCCAGCGCUGUGGAGAGCGGCAGCAUCGGCUGCUGCUGAAGAAGGCUGGUGUGUUCCAGGUCCUGUUCUCCGUAUCGCAGCAGGACUUGCUCAGCCGGUUGAUGUUGUUCGGCAGCGCGGCGACAGUGGACGCAGUCUGCCACCUGAACAGCUGGGGGCGCUGCUCCAUCCCCAUCCACGCCCUGCAGACUGGACUGAAGAACCGUCAGCUGGACACGGUCGAUUUCUACCUGAAGAGCAAAGAAAACGUCCUGAACCCUCCGGCGGCAGCGUUCAGCUCUGCUGAUCAGCCCGCCACCUCCACGCUGAGCCUCACAGACAGAGUGCAGGAGCUGUGUCCCGCCUUAGACCUGCUGUGUUCGGCCGUCAGAGACUCGAACAGCGAAGCUCAGAGCCGACAGUUCUCCGAGCAGCUGCUCAACAUCACCCUGAGCUUCGUGAACACGCAGAUCCGCUCCGUGCUGUCCAACACACACCACGAGGACUCUGGCGUGCAGAGCUGCAUGAACGUUCUGGAUCGAUAUGUCGCCGAGCUGAGGAGCUACAUGAAGAGAUUCCCCUGGGCUGCAGGGCCCGAUGUGUCGGCUACCAGAGCUGCGGCUCCGGCCGAGGAGGAGGCUCAGCGGGACGAGUGGGAGCAGCUCUCCGCAGAGGAAGUGGUCCAUCAGUCCAUCCUGACCAAUCAGAUCCCAAGAGCUCAGGCAGUCCUGCGGAGGCAGAACCGGCCCGAAUGUCACCUGCCGGCUCUGAGGAGGGAGGGUCUGCAAGUUUCCUCCUGCCUGCGGCGCCGAGACCUGCAGACCGCCAACACGCUCCUCGCCAACAUGGGUUUCAGUGUGAAGCAGCAGCUCCACCUUAUCUGCCUCCACACGGAUGACAAGGAGCUGAGGGAGCUGAUGGUGGAUGAGCUGUCCAGUCGGAGUUACUUCCAGAGGAAGAGAAGGAGAGUGUCGAGUUCAUCGGGAGAUGGAGAAGCUGGGGUCGCGGCCGGCUGUCCGCUGCACAGGAAGUACCUCGCAUCAAGGGCUUUGGGAAGACGAGGAGGAGGAGCGGGGGGGUCUCUGGAGGACACUGAGACUGGACUGGGUGAAGAACUGGACCAGAGCUGCCGGACAGCCGUCCUCCUGUCCAGACUGCAGCACGCAGAGCUCAGAGCCUGCGACGCUUCAGUGCUGUGGCGUUAUCUGACCGCCCUGCACGACCAGCGCCGCGUGGUCGACUGGAUCCAGAAUACGGAGACCUCUGGCACCCCCCGGUGGCCGGACUUAACCCCAGAACUGGUGAACGACAGCACGGCCUGCAGCAGCUACAUGAGGGAGAACAUCCUGGACCUGCUGGCCAGGAGAGGCGUGUUCAUCCCGGACGAGCUGGCACACCUGGAGCAGCUGCUGUGGAGGUUGGCUCAGGGUGGAGGCGUGAUGUCUUCUUCUCCUCCCAUCCCUCAGUACCGCUCACCCCUCGGGCUCGACCUCCACGGCGUCUUUAUUACCUUCUGUCUGGAGCACAACCUUCAGUACCUGCUCUACACCUACCUGGAGCACUACAGACUGACCCCCAGAAACUGCUCCCUCCUGAGCAGUCAGAGCCUCUCUGAGCGACAGCCCUGGUUCGAGAUGCUGGUGCGGAUCCAGGAGAUCACCAGAGAUCUGUCAGAUCCAGGACUGGUGUUCCAGGCCAGUCUAACCAGUGCUCAGGUGUUAUUACCUGGCAGCCAGGCGUCUCUCAGCAGUCUGCUGUUAGAGGGUCACAGUCUGCUGACGCUGGCCGCCAUCAUGUUCGCCCCCGGAGGAAUUGACCAGGUGAUGGCUCAGGGUCAAAGGUCAGGCAGGUCAGAGAGGACGGUCGACCCACAGCUGCUGAAGAUGGCGCUGGCCCCACAUCCCAAACUGAGGGCCGCCCUGUUCCCUGCCGUCCCCGAGAACGGCCCGCCCUCCGACAUCUCCGUGUACCACCUGCUGCAGUCCCUCCACCCUCUGGACCCGUCCAGGCUGUUUGGCUGGCAGGCAGCAAACACCCUCAACUCCACAGAAACAUCAGAGCUGCCUCACUUCUCCAGCCCUCACCUGGUCCAAAGGUUCGCUCUAAAAGAGAAUCUGGACUAUCUCUACUUCCUCCACCACGGUCGGCCAUCUUUCGCCUACGCCACCUUCCUCGUCCAGCAGCUUAGCGGCAGCGGGGACGUCAGGCUAACGCUGCAGGAGGCCUCGCGGCGAGCGUCCAGGUCGGCCCUGCAGCGUUUCAAUGCGCCGUCUGUGGCGUCGGCCGCCGUUUGUUUCUGUGAGCUGCUGGGAGUCUGCAGCCUCAAGCUGAGGGUCGACAUCAGAGCCAUGAACGCAAUCCUGCAGCACUGGAACCAACGCAACACACACAGCAGCCCGACACAGCAUCUGCACACUCUGGUGUCUAAAGGUGUGAAACUGGUGGAGGCGGAGCCUGGAGCAGCAGAGGAGCUGAUUGGUUACCUGGAAGCUGCAGUAACACACAGUUUGGAGCAGAGAGGCAUCAGCAGGUCGUCGUACGAGGCGGCUCAGGAGUGGGCGCUGGCCGUUCAGUUCUGUCAGCUCCACAACCUGCAGCUGAGCUCCGUUUACCCCGCCCACUGUGCCCAUGACGGACAGUUCAUCCACUUCCUGUUAUUUGUCCAACUGCACAACUUCCCGCCUCAGCAGGUGAGGUCGCUGGCAGCUCAGUUUGGCCCCACCCUCCGCCACCUGAGCUUGGCGUUUCAGGACCUGCAGGUUUACUGUAAGCGGAAGAGCUGCGACUCUGAUGAGCAGCAUUCGGUUCUGAGAACUGAGGAGGCGGUCUCAGGGAGCCCGGAGCGCCCUGGGGAGAUGUUCCAGGUGCUCCUGCAGAGCCAGGAGGAGCCGGCACCCUGCAGAUACCUCCUGCAGGAGGCGCUGGUGCAGCGCUGCCCGACGCUGGCGGUACUGGCUGCCUGCAUGCAGGGAGCAGAGCUGCUGCCGUGCCUUUGUGUGUGGGUGCUGACCUCUGUCGAUGAUGUCACCGCCAAGGAAGCCACCUCCCACCUGGCUCAGGCGCCGCAGCAUCACGAAUGGACCGUGCACGACCUUUCCAUCAUCUGGAAGACGCUCCUGGGCCGGAGCCUCGUGAGGCCCCUCCUGCGAGGCUUCGAGCUCUUCCAGAAGGACUGUCCUCUGGUGUUGGUGCUCAGGAUGUUUGAGCUGUGCUGCGACUACAGAAACUUCGCUGAGGCCAAGUCGAAGCUGCUGGACUUCCAACGGACCCUCAUCGCUCUGAGAAACGGUGGUCCUGCGCCCCCUGGUGGCCUCCCUCUGCAGUGGGUUGAGAGCCAGGCCUCGGUGCUGCUCCUCACGAUGCUGCAGCGCUGCUCCUCGCAGUACGACAUCCACCGGCUGCUGCAGCUCCUUGCUGACGUCGACAAACUCCUCAAAUCCAACGGUCCAGAUUUCAGGAAGCUGAACCAGCUGAGUCAGUUGCUUCAGGGGUCAGAGGUCAGCAUAUCUCCCAGGCUCCUGCAGAGCAGUUCUCCCUCCGUCCAGCAGGAGGAGUUCCAGGCGACCGUAGACGCUCUGCAAGCGAGGGGGUGCUACAGCCAGGCGCGACAGGUGGCCCAGCUGGCCGGCCUGCCCGUGCACCGUCUGCUGCUCAGCCAGCUCCUUCAGGAGGUGAGCUCUCAGAGGUCCAAGCGGCAGUGGGGCAGAUUCGAGACCCGCGCCGGCUUCUGGAAGAAAUGUCACGAGCAGCUGGAGGCCGACGCCACCGAUCCAGACCCCGCCUCCCAGUUCUUCCUGUCGCAGGCUGAGGCCGGCGCUCCAGGGUCUCUGGAGGCUCCAGAGGACCUGCUGGACAUCCAGGAGCACUGCCUGCUGCUCGGGCUCACCGCCCACUGGCUCUCCCGGAUCACCCCGGCUCCCGUGGACAAACUGGAGAGCCUGGAGAAAGCGCAGUGGCUCAGCCGGAUCCGCAGACGCAUCCUUACCGUCGCCAUGGAGAAGGAGAGCGUCUUUAACCUGCCGCCGCCGGCCGUCAACCCUGAAAUGAACACGCACAAGGCGCUGAUGAAGGAGUUCUCCUUCUCCAACAUAACUCAGCUGAACACAGAGAGGUACCUCGCGCUGGAGGGACUGCCCGGUCCCUCCGACGAGCAGGAGGAGCCUAAUGCUGAGUCGGCGCUGAGUCCAGAGGAGAGGAGCGUUCUGGCCGCUCUGAUUGGUCAGCUGUUAGACGACGGCAGCAUCCAUGAAGCCAGCCGGGUGUGCCGUUAUUUCUCCCUGUACCACCCGGACGUGUGGCUGGUGCUGCGCUGCCGAGGCCUGGCAUCCGGAGAGCUGAGCGACGAACCGCCGGAGGACGACUCUGAAGCUCCCGCGAGGGCAAGCAUCACGAGCUCUCCCUCAGUCAGCAGCCUGUCCUCCUUUGUGAUGCUCCCCCUCCCCGAAGAUGAGGUCGCCGUCCAGCUCCAGAAACUGGUGGAUCAGUGCCGCCAUGGCAACAACUACUGCAAACAAGUCCUCAGCCUCUACCAGCUCUCCAAGGAGCUGCAGUGCUCCUUCAGCAGCAUCUGCAGGGAGGAGCCCUGCUCGGUGCUGGAGAAGCUGCUGCUGUCCGAGCAGCCGGAGCGCUUCAGGAAGGCUCGGGCCUUCGUCAAAGCUCAGGGUCUGUCUGCAGACGCCGUGGCUGAGCUCAUUUCCUCCGCUAUGGUUCAGGCGCUGCUGGCCUCCACCCAGGAGCUGCAGCCAGUGGUGGAAAAGCACAUUUUCAGACCGUUGGAGGGCAGGGACGCGCUGGUGCAGCUGAUCAAACUAUGUGACGACCCGAACCUGGUGGGACUCAAACUGCUGGAGCACCUCAACUCUGUUCCUCUGAGGGACCUGAACUGCAUUGUGGAGCUGCUGAUCGUGGCGCACGACUGUUUCAGUCUCACCUGCAACAUGGAGGGGAUCGUGAGAGUGCUCCAAGCCGCCCGUCACCUCAGCCACACCUACCUGGCUCCAGGAGGGCACUACAGCCUGCUGGUCCGUCUGCUGACAGGUAUCGGCAGGUAUAACGAGAUGACGUACGUCUUCGAUCUGCUGCAUCAGAACCACUGCUUCGAGAUGCUGCUGAGGAAGAAGGUGGACACAGACAGAGGACAGAGCUCCAGUCUGAAGUCGGCUCUGCUGGACUACAUAAAGCGCUGCCUCCCCGCAGACAGCGAGAAGUAUAACAUGGUGGCACUGUGCUUCACCAUGAGGAGGGAGAUCGGAGAAAACCACGAAAUAGCCGCCAGGACGCAGCUGAAGAUGAUCGAGUCUCAGCCUGGGGUGAUCAUCACGCCGGAGCUGAAGAGCUCAUUGGCCAAAGUGCUGGGUCUGCUGAAGGACGCGGCAGAGAGCUUCUCCAAGGAUUCGUGUGUGCGUCAGGCGACUCGCUGCAUCCGCACAGCUAAGCUGGUCGCUCUUCAGCUCCACUUCCUGAAUCAGGGAUCAGACCUGCGCAUCAUCAACCUGCGACCUGCUGAGCUGCUGAGCGCUGCCAUGGCGCUGCCGCGGUGCUACCAGGUGUUCGUGGUGUCGGAGGCGUACGGCUACAGUCCGGACUGGGCGGAGAUUCUGUACCAGAAGGUCGUCCUGAACGGAGACUUCGGUUACCUGGAAGAGCUCAAACGCCACCGCCCGCUCACCUCCACCCUGUUUGAGGACAUUUUCAAAAGUAAGACUCCUACCACAGAAAAACCUCCCGGCAGCGUCACCUCCAACGUCAAGCGCCUGCUGACUUACUGCGACGACGUGUACAGCCGCUACAGGCUGGCGUACCAGCAGAACCUGCACGACAUCACCAAGAUGCUGCUGCAGGACGCCAAGACGUCGAGCUACCUGAGCGACAGGCUGGGCAGCUGAUCGUUGCCUGGCCGCAGCAUCGUCGUGAUC